AUGGCAUUUCAUCAACCACAUCCUAAGAGAAUAUCUCAUGAACCAGUAUCUAAUCGAGAAUUGAAAUUGGAGCAGGUAAAUCAAGCUUUAAGAGAUGAGUUAUCUAACGAAGUUUCAACCAAUAGGUCCAAUGAGAAAUACAUAAAUGAGCUAGAGCGCAAAUAUAACAGAUGUGAGAAAGAAAUCCAAUCUCUCAAUAAAGAACUGGAACAGCUUGAGAAUGCUUCAGAGAAAGAAAAGGCAGAGUUGAGAUCGGAGAUAUCAUCCCUUAAAAGAAGCUUAUAUCAAGCUAAAAAGGAAAUCCGAGAUAAAAUAUCAUAUAUCGAUAAUAUAGUGAGGCAGUUACAAGAAUCGGAAGAGCGGGUUCAAAAUCUAAGGCUUAGAUUCAAAAUUAUUUCUUCAAGAAGAAGCUCUCCUAUCUUAUAUAAUUCAGAAGAAGAUACAGAUAUGGCGCAUAUUGACCCUUUAUAA